AUGGAUCCCGCUGAGUGUACGCUCGACAUCUGUCCCAUCGAGGAUGCCUACAUCCAGUACCAGCCCACCAUCGCCGGCAACAGCCUCUACCUGGCCCUCUUCGGGCUCCUGCUGGUGGCUCAGGCCAUUCUGACCCCGGUCUAUCGCACCUGGUGGUUCUCUGGGUCGAUGGUAGCAGGACUGCUCCUUGAAGUGCUCGGCUAUGUUGCUCGGAUUCUGUUCCACGAUGAUCCCUUCAGCUUCGACUACUUCCUCAUGAACCUCAUCUGCCUAAGUCUUGGUCCGGUCUUCUUUUGCGCCGCCUUGUACUUCCUCCUUGGGCGCAUCGUGAUCAUCUACCGCGGCGAAGCCAUCUCCCGCCUGAAACCUCGCAACUACGCCAUUGUCUUUGUGUCCUGCGACGUGGUUGCUCUCAUGCUGCAGAGCGUCGGUGGCGCCAUGACGUCCACGGCCGACGACGCCGAUGGCCGGGCAGUCGGCACCAACAUCAUGAUCGCCGGGUUGGCUGCACAGGUGGCCGCCAUGACUGCAUUUAUCGCCCUUGCGGCUGAGUUUGCAUGGCGACUGCGGCGUCGUUCAGGACAGCCAACAGCGGCCGACAGCGAAGAGAAAGACGAGUACACGGAGAUCCGCGAAGACCGAUGGUGGAAGGUCUUUUUGGCCGGGCUUGUUGUCGCAACAAUCACCAUCUAUACCCGAUCGAUCUUCCGCGUGGUCGAGCUCAAUGGCGGCUACUCAAGCGAGCUGGCGAAUGACGAGGUUACCUUUAUGAUCCUCGAGGGCGCGAUGGUUUCGAUUGCGUGUAUCUGUUUGACGGUCUUGCACCCGGGAAGGGCAUUGGGGACGCGGCGUAAGAAGGACAGCGAGCCACUGAUGGAGAGGUCGUAG